AUGUCUCGUAUGAAAAAAAAAGCGAGGUUCCUUCCUUUUUUUUUCUUCGUCGGAAGCAGCGUCCAUCCCAUCACCAACCUAGGCAGCACAUCUGUGACGUUCGUCAACCGACAACAUCAAGUGUCAAGACAACAUUCGUUCGAAGAAAAACAAUCAAUUCAUCACUACCUAUUCUAUCCCGGUAUAUUGUGUUGUUCCACCACCGCAACAAUGCCCAAACCCAACCCCAACCGCGUCACCAAGCCGACCAAGUCCACCAACCCACCCUUCCCUCCCACCCCCCGCCGCCCAACCCCCCUCCUCUCCCACCUCACCCCAGAACAACAUUCAGCCACAAUAACCUCCCGCCUCUCAGGCGCCCCCGCCACAGGCGUCAUCCCCCAGGGUUACAAACACCCCAUCUCCGACCUCAGGUACGACCUACCCGAAUAUACCUGGGAUUCCCUCCUCCUCGAAUUCUACCGCCAAACCCAAGAUUCCUACAUCAUGGAAGAAGAGAUAAAAGCCGAAAGCGCAAGGCGCAACAUCAUGGGUGAACCCCCCUGUCAGAAAACACCAGAAGGGUUUGUCCCCCCGACUUACGACCCAGAGUAUGACAUGCCAGAUUACAGCUUUGGGACGAUUCUGGAGAGGUAUAAAAGGCAGAAGGAGGAGAGUUUUGUCACGGAGGCGGAGAUCAGGGAGGAGCAGAGGGGGAGGUCGGAGAGGGCCGGGAGGUGGCAGAUGGCGAGGAGGGAAGAGGAAAAGGAGGUGGAGGCGAUGGGGGAGGAGCAGACACCGCCUGCUAGUCGGGAUGGGUCUUUGUCUUAG